AUGGCAUCGAGCGCGCCCUCUUACAUCAUUGUCGGCGCCGGAGUUUUUGGCGUUUCUACUGCAUAUCAUCUAAUCAAGAAGUACCCCAACGCAUCGGUGACCUUGGUCGACCGGGAUGCGUUUGAUGCCGAGAGUCGCGUAGCCGCCUCGUGGGACUGGAACAAGGUGGUUCGUGCCGACUACGACGACAUUGUAUACUGCCAGCUUGCACUAGAAGCACAAGACAUUUUUGAGUCUGACCCGCUGUGGAAACCGUAUUUUCACCAGACUGGCAUCUACUGGAUAUGUCGCAGCGAGUAUGCGCAGGACGUCAUCAACAACUACAAGCGCCUGGGAAGAAAGGCCGAUCUGUCGGCUGUUCCCAUUGACGAGGCCCGCAAGCUGUAUGGUGGCCUCUUCGAGGACGCUGACUAUACCGGCGUGAAGGAGGUGUUGGUCAACAAGACUAGUGGAUGGGCUGCUGCCGGUGAUUGUCUGCGAGCUGUUACUCGCAAGGCGCUGGACCUGGGCGUCAAGUAUCACACCGCCGAGGUCGCAACCUUGCUUCUCGACAAGAACGGACAUUGCUCCGGAAUCAAAUCCUCAACUGGCGAGGUCCUCAGAGCUUCGCAUACAGUCCUUUGCACUGGAGCAUACACCCCAAAGCUGUUGGAAUGCAGCGCUGCGAGCAGUGGCCUCGCGGACAUUGGGGCUGGAUCAAGAAUUGUAGCUGGCGGAAUUACGACCGGGAUGACUAAAUUGAACGAUGAGUCGUACGAGAGAUUCGCUGCCAUGCCUGUUGGCGUCCAAGGCUACACAGCUGCACAAGGCCCCUUCAUUGGCAGUCUCCCGCCGACGAAAGAUAGAGAGCUCAAGUGGUGGGGACAGACGAUUUUCAAGAACACACGGGAAGUAUUGCCAGGUCGCUACCUCUCAGCCCCGCCUCCGAAACCAGACUACACCCAGUGGGAGGUUUCUGGGAGGCUAAAAGAGGACAUCAACCACGCAAACAAGGUGUUCUACGGCAAGAAUGGUGCGAGCUGGAAGAUGGAGAAGCACCGCAUCUGCUGGGACGCCUUCACGACGAGCUCGGACUUCAUCAUCUCGCCUCAUGCUGCGGCGAAAGGCCUCUAUAUUGCAACCUGUGGCUCAUUCCAUGGCUACAAAUUCUUCCCGGUAUUGGGCAAGUAUGUGGUACAAAUGCUGGAGGGCAGGCUGUCUCCCGAGCUAUCUGAUAAGUGGGCUUGGGAUCGGGAGCGGCCUGAUCCGUCGCUUAACCCGGAUUGGCCGAGGUUUGAGAUGAAGGAUCUGCUGGAGCCAGUACGAACUUCGAAUCUGUAG